AUGUCUGUGCCAGCUCACGAUCUGGAUUCAAACGAACAUACUACUAGUAUCACCUCAACAAUGUCAAGGAGUUCGAGUCAGGAAGUUCCAAUAGCACUUACCAAGAAAAGAAAUUUAGGUAAUGAAGAAACAAUCUUACAGGAAAACAAGAAGAACCCAUCGCUAAUCACACCGAUGCUGAUCUGCCUAGCUAUUUCGUUUGGUGGAUUUCUCUUUGGUUGGGAUAUAGGCACAAUCGGUGGUAUUGCCAAUAUGUCAAGUUUCAAAGAAAGAUUUGGUACACGACAAGAUCAGGGUAAAGGCACUAAACACUUUCCUGGUUUACUAAUUGGUUUAAUUAUUGGGAUAUUUAAUCUCAGUGCUGGUGUAGGCGGAGUUGCAUUGGCAAAGUGUGGAGAUUGGUGGGGGAGGAAGAGAGCAACAUAUUUUUUUAUUUUUAUUUACUCUAUUGGGUUGCUCGUCCAAUUAAUCCAUAAUAGAGCUUGGUUCCAAAUAUUUAUUGGAAGACUCAUUUGUGGGCUUGCAAUAGGUGGUAUAAACGUCAUUGUUCCCAUGUUUAUUUCCGAGAUUGCCCCCUUAAGAGUACGUGGAUCCAUGGUAACCUUCUAUCAACUAAAGAUCACUUUUGGAAUCCUUGUCGGCAAUAUAACAGUCUUUCUCUGUCACAAUGGGUUUUCUAGAUCCCAUCAAAACGAGGCAUGGCAGAUUCCGCUUGGGUUAGGGUUUGUGUGGGCCUUUAUUGUAAUUCUGGGUCUAUAUAACAGUCCUGAGUCUGCCCAAUACCUAGGCAUAAAGAAAGAACGUUGGGAUGCUGCCCUGAUGUCAACUGCCAGAAUGAACAAUUUAUCAACUGGAGAUAUUCGUGCCAUUAAUAUAGUAGAAGAGAUGCAACGAAGGGCAGAACAAGAUCGACUCGAGAAAUCAAGCAGAAGAAAUAUUUUUGAGUUUAUUUUUGGGAAACCAAAAUUGGGACUACGCUUAUUCAUUGGAAUUAUGCUGAUGAUCUUUCAACAACUCUCAGGCAUAAAUUAUUUCUUUUAUUAUGGGACAACUAUUUUCGCAAAAGUGGGACUUAAUGACCCUUAUACCACCGCAAUAAUUUUAUCCUCUGUCAACUUUGUUGCUACAUUUUUUGGUAUUUAUUUCGUGGAAGCCUUAAGGAGAAGGACUUCUUUGGUUUUCGGAUCAAUUGGAAUGUUCUGCUGUAUGAUGAUUUACUCAAGUAUGGGCAGUUUUGCCCUAAAUACUGAUGGGACCGGAAUUACAAUGAUUGUGGUGACAUGUGUGUAUAUUGCGCUUUUUGCAAUUACUCUAGGCCCAGUGACAAUAGUACUCGUCUCAGAGCUAUAUCCAAUGAGAACAAAAGCAAUGUCGAUGGCAACUUGUUCUUUCGCAAACUGGAUAAUGAAUUUUUUGAUAACUUUUCUAACACCUCUAAUUACUGCUCAGAUAGGAUUCAAAUAUGGUUAUGUCUUUGCUGUUUGCCUUUUCUUCUCAACCUGCUUCGAUUGGACUACUGUUCCUGAAACGAAGAAUAAAACCCCAACAGAAAUUGACAACAUGUUUUCUUAA